CCCCUUUUGCCCAUUCAGGGGUCUUAUCGACGCGACCCCACUUCUCCGAGUCUGGCGCAUCUCAACGGUGCAACGUUAAGGUUAACAAGGGAGGGGAAGGGGCGAUGCUCGCCACUGCGGGCAGAUGGCUUGGGUGAUUUCGAGAUGGUCCAUGUCACUCUGCUCUGCAGCUCUGCAGUCCUGCAGUGAUAAGCCGUGCAAACCAGCCGACGCGUGAGAGCCAAACGAAUAGUAUUAUCUAGGUAUCGAGUAUUGCCCUCGCUCACCACCCAGCAUGGCUCGUCCAGGAUGUUUGUGGCUCGCUGCCACCAUUUUGUGUGGUCUGAUUUCAACCGUCACAUCACAGGAUACGUGGUGCGGGAAGGUGUACAAUGGGUCGGCCAUGAUCAUCCCUGGUGGCUUCAUGACACAGCCAGAAGCAGCAUCUAGUCCUCUGCUUGACGUUCAGAUCGCCACUCGGCACAGCAUCUACGUCGACAGCGAGACCACAGCGGACCUCAUUGUCGAUGCUGGCCUAUCCCUCUACCACGGCGCCGUGUACUCCCCUCCCAGGCCUGCAUCGGCCCCGGGAGGUGCGGCUGACAGCCUGCGUUUCACUGCCACGGUAGACGGCAACGUUCUCGUCACCGGGGAGGUGCCCGUCAACUCAACUGACAGCCUCUUCCCGUUCGACCUGACUGGGCUUACUUCAAGCACGUCGGCGUCUUACUCCAUUGUUCUUACCGGAACCACGUCGAGCGGGGUCAACGUCACCGCGCAGACCGAGCUCUUCUACCUCCCUGAGAAGACCACCGGGAGUGUUGUCAAGGUCGACAGGCUGUAUGGCUCGCUGCUGUACCGGAACGAAGCCUCGGGCGGCGUGUUCAAGCCCGUCUUCCCCUACGGGUACUACGGUAGCUAUAGCGGGUACUUCAACGACACCGCCAACAUCGCCGCCUUUGAGGCAGCAGGUUUCAACGCCGUCAACCCGGUUGCCGACUUUGCCGACUCUAACAUGACGGACAGCAUCGACGCCAUGGACCGGGUCAACCUCCUCUUCCAGUACGACAUGCGCAACUCGUUCCAGAACCUGACGUCUGUCGCGGAGCAGAUCCCACUCGUAAAGGACCACCCCUCGCUGCUGACCUACUACACGGCCGACGAGCCAGACGGCUGGGGGUAUACCUUCGAGUCGUCAGUAGACGCCUACAACCUGCUCGCGUCGCUGGACAAGUACCACCCGACGGCCCUCGUCCUGAACUGCCAGAACUACUACUUCAAGGAGUACACAGCCGGCGCCGACAUCCUGAUGGAAGACGCCUACCCGGUGGGGAUCAAUGCCACCUUCGCAGACAAGUGGGGCACCCCCUGCAACCUGACCUACGGCGACUGCGGGUGUGACAACUGCGUUGGCAGCCUGUUGGACGUGCCCUCGCGCAUCGACGACUUCAACAAGUACGCCGCGUGGAUCGGGGGCUCCGUGGCGACGCGGAAGCCCGUGUGGGCCGUGCCGCAGGCCUUCUCGGGCGAGGGCUACUGGGCGCGCGACCCGACCCCCGAGGAGACGUGGGUCAUGGACCUGCUGGCGUUCAACCACGGCGCCAUGGCCCGCCUGGCAUGGAUCUACCCGCCCUCGGACCUGCUCUCCAGCGCGACGGCGAAGCUCGCCAGCGUUGUCACGGUCGACCCCGUGGCGGGCUUCCUGACCGGUGCCAACCCCGUGCUGGUGGUGGACGGGCGGUCGGCGAAGGGGAGCCCAGAUGUGGCUUACUGGGUGGCUGAGGAUCAGAGCAAGGGGGUCUUGUUUGGCAUCGUCAACCCGGAGAACUCGACUUCUGUGGCUCCUGUGCAGAUCAACCUGCCGGAGGGGCUCAACGUGUCCAAGAUUGCGUCGCAGCCGUGGGGCAGUGUGAGCUGGGACCUGCAGGGGUCGACCUUGGUAGCUGACGGAGGUCUGAAGGCACUUGAUACCAGUUAUGUGAUACUUCAGUAGGGCCUACAGUAAUAUGCACCUGGUUCAUAUUUCUCGAUAGCUGUCGAC